GAUCAUGGAUUCAGUUCGGGGACAUCUAUCGUUGGGCUUAAACACUUUGCGUUACUUUCGAAUCGCGUUGGCGUAUUUCUCGAAUUAAGAACCAAAAAAAAAAAUAAAUAAAACGAAGUCUGGAGAAGAAAAAGAAAACAUACCGAAAGCAAUCGGAAGACAAAUUUCGUAAGAAAAGUAGUGGGAUUUGGCUAUACCUCAUACCCCUGUAGAGACAAUACCACCACCCGUUGUCACUUACCUGCGGCCUAGUUAAAUUGUUUUUUCUAUUUGAAAUUCAGUUUCCGUUCUUCAAUUCGUGAUUAUGGCGAAAUUUAUGACGCUGAUAUUUGUCGUUUGUUCAGCGAUUCUAUGGUAUUUCCUGUUUUUCGGUGGAGGCAUUAGCCGUCUCACAAGAGUUAGUGGUCGCAGCAGCAGCAGCGGUAGUGGCAGCGGCAGCAGUGCGAGUAGCUUUGGGGUGGAGGCCACCAAUGGGCAUGGCAGUCCGCUGGAAGGACGUGAUUAUCAUCAUAGUGAACGCGGUGGUCACAUUAAAAGGGAUCUAAACCAUUGCUGGCGCCGUUAUGAUGGCUAUAAUCUACAAAACACCAUAGUGAAUAAGAAGGAGCAGCUGAAGAAGCCCUACGGCAUUUUGUGCCAUUUCAAAUGUACUUGGUUUUUUACAAUAAGUUUCCCCACGUGUGAGUUCAUCUAUGAUUAUAAAUUGUCAUGUUACUUAUUUACAUCACUGCCCGAUUGUACCACGGUGAAAUGUACACUGCUCAAUUAUUUUACGUAAUCCAACAGCAAUAUAGAGGAGAAACAACAACAAACAAAUUCAUAGAAAAAAAAAAUUAAAAACAACAACAAAAACUACCAUUACAAAUAGUAAAAAAAAUAAUAAAAAAAAAAAACCAAAAUGACUGCUGAGAAAAUAUUGCAGCAAAUCUC